GGUAAGAUCGAAGUAAAAGAAGAGAAGCCAAGAGAGACACGAGAAGAAUGGGUGAUCUCGAUCAAGGACAAGAUGGAGCAAGCACUUAGAUACGAUGCAACAAAUUGCUGGGAAAAGCUCUGUAUCUACAGAGUUCCCUUUUAUCUUCAAGAGAACGACAAGAAGUCUUACUUACCUCAAACUGUCUCUAUUGGUCCAUACCACCAUGGCAAGGAACAUCUCCUGCCCAUGGAGCGCCACAAGUGGCGGGCCGUCAAUAUGGUCAUGGCACGUACCAAGCACAACAUCGAAAUGUAUAUUGACGCCAUGAAAGAGCUCGAGGAGGAGGCUCGUGCUUGCUACCAAGGUCCCAUUGAUAUGAAGAAUAGUAAUGAGUUCACCGAAAUGCUUGUUCUUGAUGGCUGUUUCGUUCUCGAGCUCUUCAAGGGAAUAGCUCAAGGAUUCCAGAAAAUCGGAUAUGCACAAAACGAUCCGGUUUUCGCUAAGCGAGGGUUUGUUGAUGGUAGAUUAUGGGCCCGGGCCCAUAAUCCCAUCUUGGGCCUUCAACUCGACGAGACGGGCCGAAAAUCAGAUUUUAAGGGUCCGGCCCAUUAA